UCUGGGGUUGGGGCUGACCAGAUGGACCGGGAGCUCUCGAGGUGUCUGGAGGUCCAGUGAGCCCCGGACCCAGGAGGCCCAAGGAGCUGGAGGUGACCCUGAGGCAACAAGACCCCAGAGGAAGGGUGUGAGCCCCGCAGACGACUGUGUGGCACCCCAGGCUGGGCUCCUGUUAGGAGGGGGUGCCUGUGCCCAGGCAGCGGCUCAGAGGCAGCUACUCCAUGCAGAACUGAAGCUGGUUCUGCAGCAGAAGGGAGAGAAGAAGUGGGAGCCUGGAGCUCAGGUGACACCCAGCAGCACAAUGGAGGUUAGGAGCCGGAGUGCUGAGGAGCUGAGGCGAGCGGAAUUGGUGGAAAUCAUCGUGGAGACGGAGGCACAGACUGGGGUCAGCGGCAUCAACGUAGCGGGCGGCGGGAAGGAAGGAAUCUAUGUCCGCGAGCUGCGCGAGGACUCGCCGGCGGCUCGGAGCCUCAGCCUGCAGGAAGGGGACCAGCUGCUGAGCGCCCGCGUGUUCUUUGAGAACUUCAAGUAUGAGGACGCACUACGCCUGCUGCAAUGCGCCGAGCCUUACAAGGUCUCCUUCUGCCUGAAGCGCACUGUACCCACCGGAGACCUGGCGCUACGGCCCGGGACGGUGUCUGGCUACGAGAUCAAGGGCCCUCGGGCCAAGGUGGCCAAGCUGGUACGCGUGCUUAGCCCGGCCCAGGCGCUGGACUGCCCCAGCGAUCCGGUCUCUGCGCCGUGAUCCCCACUCCCUUACACCGUGGGCCAGCCUUACCCUCUGUCUUGUCACUAACCAAACGCUAAUCCCACUCUUUACCUCCUGUUCCCUGCCCCUAAACUCCUCCCUGGGAAGGAGAACCCACCCAUCCCAGUCCAGGGCCCUCACCUGCUUUGAAGAAGCAUCCCCACCUUCAGCUCCAGGCUUGUAGGGGUCCUGAACCAGGGGACUUCAAUCGGGAUGCCACGAUCAAGCCUGAUUGCCCCUCCCUUACUGCUGAGUGACCCUGGACAAGGGUCCCUCCUUAGGCCUCAGUUUCCCCAUUUCUAGAAUGAGGGUAUUGAGGAAAAUCCUGGAUAAGGACCUAGAAGUCUUGGGUCCCAGUUUCUACACUCCUGUUGACUCACUAUAAGAUUCUAAAUGAAUGUCUUUGCCUUCAGGGGCAGUAAUGGUGAAAUGACAGCAGGAAGUCAGGAUGGUUUUGGGAAAAAGAUGCUCAAUCCAUCACAUCCCCAGCCUGGAACAAUAUCAGAUGGGGUUCCCCUUGUCCACCACAGGCCUCCCACUGUCCCACCGCCUCCCGCCUCUCUCCUCUCU